AUGAAGAAAAUACUGGAAGAGAGCAAUGGAUGGUUGCCCUUUGAUAUUUUGCUAAAAUUUAAGCGUCUUAAUCAGCUAUCCAGUGAUCUCAAUACCAUCAAAAAUGCCCUUGCAGAUUCUUCAUUGGUUGAAGUUGGUGAACUGGGUGUUCGACGGGUUCCGUCAAACCCUCCACCAGGAAACCUGUCAGAGGCCCUCUCAAUCCACUCUGACAGAGCUCUUUACGUAAAAGGAUUCCCUACGGACUUGGGCCUUGAUGAGAUAAUUGCAUGGAUUGAAACUAUGGCUGGCGAAACUUACGAUGUAUUCUGCAGACGUCUACCUAACAAGAAAUUUAAGGGCAGUAUAUAUGUCACGUUUAAGACAAAGGAGGCGGCUGAAAAAUUCAUGACCGACGCAUGUUGCAGUGAAUACAAAGGGAAACCCCUCCUUCGGAAGUGGUAUACCGCAUACAUAGAGGAAAAGAAAAAUGAAAAACAGGCAAAAGCAGAAGAGAAAAUCAAAAAGGCAGAUCGUAAAAAAGCCCAGAUUGUUUCACAGAUGACUCCAUGCGCCCUUCUUGAAAUUUCCGGUCUGCCAGUGUCUUCAUCAGCUGUAGAACCUCGGUCAUCCGGCGACUCCGUAGUUAGUGAGAAAGAGCAGAAAGAGGCUAGUGAAAAAGGCACUGAAGACGCUGGAAAUCAUGGGGACUGUGGUGACGAGGUUCCUUCCCACGAGGAAAAAAUCGAUGGUGAUAAGCGCACCGUCAGUUUACUAAAGGCGUGGAUCAAUGAAAAGCUCGAAUCAAGUGUUCCUAUUGCAUGGAUUGACGUUGAGCCCUCAGCAAACAAGGCUAUCAUACGGUUCAAGGAGCCGAACUCCGCAUCAGCUGCUUUGGAAAAGCUUACGAAGGCCUUUAAAGACGGUAAAAUAAUGUACAGUGGAUCGCAUAUUACUGGCCGCGUCAUUAAAGGUAGUCUGCCCUUUUUUUUAUUUCGUUUAAUUUUGGUGUUAUUGUAUUAUGUUGUUAGUGUUUCCGGCUAUCAGACAAACUAG